AUGGAUCCAGGUGCGGAGAAGGAAAGGCUACAAUACAACUACAUUUCUGGCUUCGGAUCAUUGGCCAGUUUCAUGGCCACCGACACGGAGCACUUGCAUAGCCCUUUGGUUUACCGGCGUUUUGACAGACUCGCAACAAGAGACUUGGCUUAUUACCAGAGCCAGCUGUUGCAGCUUCAAGCUGAGCAAGACGAAUUGGACAUCCACGACAGGUUACGUGUCGACAGCACUGAUAAUGACAGAGAAGAGCAGCGCAAUAGGAUCCGAGAUUGCGCUCAGGACUGGGACACCUUUGAGCGCGCCGUUCCCAGGUUUCAGUCCACAACACGGGCUCAGGGGUCCGCAAAUGGCACGCACCACCAUAUUGAUGACCUGUGUAAGGAGAGGAUGGACCUCGCCAUGAAGAUACGCUCGACGUUGAAAGAUUACCGAGAGGCAUUGAUACAAGGAUCGAUUCUGCUUUCCAUGUCAGCCCCGUCCACGCAGACAAUGGCAGCCAUGUCCCGAUAUUUUCAUGGAGUCUUGGAGCCAACUUCCUCUGAUACUGUGACCAAGACAGCAGCUUGCUCGGUUCUCUGUGGAGCCAGCUCCUCACUUUAUCCGCCCAACAUGAGCCAGUCACAAAUCCGGACCUCGGACUACAUAUCUCUGUCAAAACCAGCGGAGCUCGACCUGCUCACCAAUCUGCUACGAACCAGGCUGUCGCGGCUCUUCAGGGCAAAGCCACCGCCUUUGCUUCCUUCGUACCUCGCAGGACGCCCCCUACCUACCAUAUCUCACCUUUCACCGUCCCAGAUGAAGUACUACUCACACGAACGGGUCAGAUUCACGGCCUCUUUCAUCACUACUCUAGCGGCCGCCAUUCUGCUGUUCGUGCCAAUCUUCGCGCUCUACAACACGUCACAGGAGCAGGCGUCUCUGACGCUGGUUUUGAUUGUGGUGUUCGCGGUGAUUUUGGCGGGGUCGCUGGCGGUGAUGACCACGGCCAGCCGGUUGGAGAUCUUCGGAGCGUGCGCGGCCUAUUCUGCCGUGCUUGUGGUUUCUUUCCAGCGGUGA